AUGGUUUUCUCAAAUAUGGUGUCUGAAGCCCGGCGGGUCAUCCAAGAAUCUGAAGAGAAGGUCCAGGGUUUAGAGCAAUUAGCCCAAGAAGUGUACAAGCAAGCCUGCAUUCGCAUUCAAGAGCUUGUGAAUGUUGCUGAAAGUUUGUAUCAAACCAACUGUUCCAAGACCUCUGAGAUUGAAAAACUUCACAUGGAAGUUCAGUCAACCCGAGACCAACUUGAAGUUCAGAUCAACCGCAAUCAAGUCAUGGUGUCUCAGAUUACCCAGUUUGAGUCCCAGAUGUACAAUUUCCAGAAUUUGUUUGGUCAUAAGGCUGCUGAGAUUACACGCCUGAUUUCCGAAGUUUCCCGUCUCCAAUCGAGUGAAGCCCGGCUUGAGGAGAGCCUGGCUGCUCUAAGCGCCGCUCCCUCUUCCGUGGCAGCAAGAGUUGAGGCACGAAGGACGUCUGCACCGGUAGAUGUCGCAUCAGGGGCUCUUAGCGGGGCUGUUGAAGAUCGUGUUGUCGAAGUUCCCAACGAGACGGUGACUGGCCAGAGGAUGAGGGGUGAUGAGGAACUUGUUGAAGAGAAAACUGAAAGGGAUAUCGUUGACAGUCGUGCCCUUCAAAGUGCAAAGCUGGAGCCAUUGCACAACAAUGCAGCUGACUUUAGAAUGUGGAAAAACCCCAUGAUCUUGAUGUUAGGCCGUCUCGACAUCAGUGGGAAUGACUAUCUCACUUCAUGGAUUGCCGUUGCCUUUAAGGUAGACUCAGCUCAGGAAUGUUCCAACUCGUCAGGUCUUGUCCCAAGAUUGGGCCGUUGGCUUACAUCGGAACUCAUCAAAGGUUUGAGAGGUGUUCGGGAGUUGCAAUUCAAAGUUCAAGGUUUUGCUGAGGGUUGCACUCCUCAAGGUAUUGCACCUCGUGGCAGGGCAGUGAUUCAAAUGAUUUCCGAGGGCCGCUGA